GACUGCUGGCAAACUCAGACCUGAACAUCAUCAUCAAACAAGAAGAGGAAGAGGAUAUUUCUCUGCAAGUUGAAGAAGAAGAAGAAGAGGAGGAGGAAGAGGAUAGCUUUCUACAAGUUAAAGAAGAAGAGGAGGAAGAGGAUAGCUUUCUACAAGUUAAAGAAGAAGAGGAUAGCUUUCUACAAGUUAAAGAAGAAGAGGAGGAAGAGGAUAUUUCUCUGCAAGUUGAAGAAGAAGAAGAGGAGGAGGAAGAGGAUAUCUCUCUAUGUGUUAAAGAAGAAGAGGAGGAAGAGGAUAUUUCUCUGCAAGUUGAAGAAGAAGAAGAAGAGGAGGAGGAAGAGGAUAGCGUUCUACAAGUUAAAAAAGAAGAGGAGGAAGAGGAUAUUUCUCUGCAAGUUGAAGAAGAGGAGGAGGAAGAGGAUAUCUCUACGUGUUAAAGAAGAAGAAGAGGAGGAAGAGGAUAUUUCUCUACAAGUUAAAGAAGAAGAGGAAGAUCACACUUUCAUGGUCAAAGUAGAGGAAGAAGAGAAGGACAAAGCUCUUGAAGUUAAAGAAGAAGAAGAGGAGGGUGGUUUUACGGUCAAAAAAGAAGAAGAGGCUAUAGAGGUUUUUAUUUUUUCUGAUGGAAAGUGCAACCAGUGGCCUGUCAGUGGGAAGAGUCCCUCCGUAUCAGAAGAAGAAGAACAACAGAUGCGACCAAAGAAACAGCCCCAGGAACCCCACCACUCCCCUCUGUACUGCCCCGACUGUGGGAGGAGUUUUGUCAGCCCUGGGAUACUGAACGCGCACCGCAGAAUCCACCAGUCCAGAAUAAUCCACACCACCACCGGUGAGCCGUCUCACUACUGCCAUGACUGCGGCAAGACCUUCGACACCGCCCGCUACCUCAAAAAAGCACCUCUUGGUUCACACAGCAGAGAGGACCCACCACUGUUCUCAGUGCGACCGGAGCUUCCUGAGACUCCAGCACCUCAAAGAGCACCAGAGAACCCACAGCGGAGAGAAGCCUCACUACUGCCCGCGUGUGGGAAGGGCUUCACCAAGGUCCGACUGCUCCGGACACACCAGCGGCUGCAUGCCGUGGAGGGCCCGACGUCGUCGGGGAUGGGGCGGAGACGGGGAGGAAGGAAGGUAGUGGGGUGGUGA